UUACUGGUAAUUCUUAAAUAAUUGUACUAUAUGUUAACAAAACUGCUUAACUACUAAUAAUUAAAAAAAACAUACUGAAAAAAGUAAAGGUUGGUUCUGAUAAAAUGUUAUUUGGUGUGACUAAUCAAAAUUUAUGAAGUAUUAGUUGAGAUUAUUAUUGUUAAAACCAUUUUACUAAAACUUUUUUGGUAACUGUAUAUGUUUUUCAGAACUAUAUGAAACUGAGGUGAAUACAAAGAAUACUGUACAUUUCUAAGAUUUUUUUUUUCUUUUUCCAAAAGAUAUUAAUCACAGAAAUUCUUAUUUUUGACACCCCUUUUGAGCAAGACAACUGUGUUAUAUCAUUAGCAACUUGACCUCUUUACCAAAAAUGCUGAGAAAGUUCUUUCCUCUUCAGCAAGAGUUCCAGGGUGGUGUGUGUGUGUGUGUGUGUGUGUAGUUGCAUGGACCUGUCACCCUGCCAUCCUCUGUUUCUGCUGACAGUAGGCUGAGGGAAGGUCUGGGGUGAGUGACUCGGACACACUGCUCUCCUGCAGCCUGGACCGCCACAGAGGCCCCAUUGUGCUCCUCAACCAUCAGUGAUCAUCCAUCACAUUUUAACCUGACAGCCAACUGCACAGCCUCCUAAUCCUGCCAAGGAUGGAAGCUUGGGUUACCAUGACGAGAGCACUGUGGGGCGUCCCGUUUCAGACCUGUACUGGACAGAAGACACCCUCAAUAAUGAAUUGCUGCAGCCAAGUUAUAGAAACAUGGAACUGUUGAUAAUCAUGUUCCUGGACUUUCAACAGCGGCCUGACGCCAUUCUCGAAGCAAACCGGUCCCAAAUCCCCAGAAGAUUGGGGAAUGAAAAGAGAUGUAAAGUUUAGAUGUGUGGCAACAGCUAAACGCAGGGUCAGGUUUCUCAGAGCCCUGGCUAUAUUUAACCUACUGAUCUAACACCAGGCAGAGAGUUUAAAUGCCACCACUGCAGUUGGUGUGGAGCAGUUGUUGUCCACAGAUCUUCUUCAGCACGAGCUCAGCUCCGGGGGGAAACACCCACACACGCUUGCAAGAACCGCAAAGGACCUAUAACACUUUCAGAGAAGACAGAGCAGAGCCGGUGGACUCUAAUUCCAGCAAGACAUGGAGCUUUUCGAGACCAACCCCUACUUCUUCGCAGACCAGCGUUUUUACGAAGGUGGCGAUAACUUCUUCCAGUCAAGGCUGACUGGAGGCUUUGAUCAAGCAGGAUAUCAGGACCGAAGCUCCAUGGUGGGCUUGUGUGGUGACGGAAGGCUGCUGUCAAACGGAGUGGGGUUGGAGGACAAACCAUCUCCAUCAUCUAGCCUCGGUCUGUCCAUGUCUCCUCACCAGGAGCAGCAGCACUGUCCGGGUCAGUGUCUGCCCUGGGCCUGCAAGGUGUGUAAGCGCAAAUCGGUGACCAUGGAUCGACGGAAAGCCGCCACUUUGAGGGAGAAGAGGAGGUUGAAGAAAGUCAACGAGGCCUUUGAGGCUCUUAAGAGGAGCACGCUCAUGAAUCCCAACCAGAGGCUGCCUAAGGUGGAGAUCCUGCGCAGCGCCAUCCAGUACAUCGAGAGACUCCAGGCGCUGGUCAGCUCUCUCAACCAGCAGGAACAUGAGCAGGGAAACAUGCAUUACAGAGCCGCGGCUCCUCAAGGGAUGUCGUCCUCUAGCGAUCAGGGCUCUGGCAGCACCUGCUGUAGCAGUCCAGAGUGGAGCAGUGCGUCUGAGCACUGCGCCCCCGCCUACAGCUCCACCCAUGAGGAUCUCCUGAAUGACGACUCCUCAGAGCAAACCAACCUGAGGUCUCUGACGUCUAUUGUGGACAGCAUUACAGGAACAGAGGUGACUCCGGUCCCCUAUUCAGUAGACAUAAGCAAAUAAAUGAGGAGGGUGACACCACCGUUAUGUUCAGACCACCUUUCACUGACCAUAACAGCACUAUCUGUAACACCCAAGGUGAAUGAAGUAGCUUUUAAAAGUUAAGCCUUGGGGGCUUAAUUUCCAGACAAAUCUUGAGGUCCAUAUGAUUAUAUUUCCAAAUGUUUCUUAUAUCUGUGGGAAUAAGAACGAAUUUCAGAUCAGCCUAAUUCCUGCUUAAACUUCAGACAGGCCGAUUCAUAAAUUCAUAGUUUGUCCUUUUUCCCUGUUGAUUCCUAUAUUUUCAUUCUGUUUGUGUGUGCUUUAUGCUUACCAACAACAACAAAAAAAAUUUGUGGGUCCAAUGUUUUACUUCUGGUUUUGACCAAUUUCUGCUUAAUUUAAACUAGCUCUGAAUGCCAGUCAUGUAAAUAUGUUCCUAUUUUCUACAGAGUGGAUUUGUUAUUUUAUUUUGUAUUUUUCUGUGUGUUUGGAAUAAUUUAUUUAACUUUUAUAAUAAAGAUUGUUGUGUAUUUGUA